AUGUUGAAGGGUGUAACGAGUUUUCUACAAUACCUGAGAGAAGUCCACAUUAAAGAGUUGCCAGUGCCCAGCUCCGUGAAAGUGGUCUAUGGUAACGAAUCUGCCGACUUUGACUCGGUAGUAUCUGCCUUGGCAUAUGCCUAUUGCAGCUUCCAGAUGCAUCCUGAGGAUCCUCUGAUCCCAAUAGUCAAUAUUCCAAAGAAAGAGCUGUUUUUAAGGAGAGAUAUCGUUCGUGCUCUCGAGAGAUCAAAGGUUAGUGAAGAUCUACUAUUCUUUGCCGAGGAUUUGAAGUCACUGAAGGAAAGAUUUGGACCGUUGACAGCUGUACUAGUGGAUCACAACUCCGUGGAGGCUACUAUGGGGCCGUACAUUGCUGCCGUUGUUGGGGUCGUCGACCAUCACAAGGAUGCAGGGCUACAUCCUGAUGUCAAACCCAGAGUAAUUAGAACAGCAGGUAGUUGUUCAUCUUUGGUGAUCAGAUAUUGGCAUAAGUACCUUCCUGUGUCGGCUUUCAAGGAUAUCGGUCUUUUGUGUCUUGGGGCAGGCUUAAUCGACACCUCCAAUUUCAGUUCUAAAGUUGAAGACCCAGAUAAAGAAGCAUUGAAUCUGUACGAAAAAUUGUUCCCAGAUCUCGAUAGAGAGUUAUUCUACAAGCAGAUAAAACGCGAUAAGGAUGACCUCAGUGGGUUCUCUAUCGAAAACAUACUUAAGAAGGACUAUAAGCAAUUUGAAGUGCAGGAUUCGGGGGCCGAGAAUAAAAUACUAAUUGGAAUUUCAUCAGUCGUGAAGCCAUUGUCAUGGUUUUAUGAGAAUUUCGGCGGUGAGUCUAGAUUCAGAGACGAAUGUGUAAAGACCCAAACUCAAAGAAUGGUUGAUCUGUACAUUGUGAUGACGGCCUGGAUGGACGGAGGCACAUUCAAGCGUGAAUUAGUGAUUCUCUCCAGCGCUCCAGAGCUCUGCCAAGAUAUAGUUGAAAACAUCUCGGAUACUUUGCAACUCGAGGAUAAGAGCUUGACGACCAAGACCGCCUCAUCUCCACAAUAUUAUAGAACAUUUCAGCAGCUAAACACGUCAGCGAGCCGGAAACAAGUCGCACCCUGUGUGUCGCAUGCAUUUCAAAAUAUCAAGCUGUGA